AUGUCUGCUAUGCCCGCCACCUCCGGUCACUCCGCGGCCUGCUGCAACCUGCCCCCAAUCGUGAGUAAGGGCUACAAGGCCAAGGGCAAGUACGAAGAAGUUGGCGGCUACAAGACUUGUACCCGUUUAUUCACCGGUCGCGAUGCUAAUGAAUGCUCCCAAGACGUCACCGGCCCCGCCGACGCCAGCAAGGCCAUCGUCAUCAUCUACGACAUCUUUGGCUACUUUGAGCAGACUCUCCAGGGCGCGGACAUUCUUGCCCACAGCGGCGAGCAAAAGUACAAGGUCUACAUCCCCGACUUCUUCAAGGGCGAGCCUUGCCCGAUUGAGUGGUACCCUCCCGACACGGAGCAGAAGAAAAAAGACCUCGGCGCCUUCUUCGGAAAGCACCCUCCAACCAGCGCCUCGACCGCCCUCCCGGGCUACGUCCAAGCGAUCAAGACCCAGACCCCUUCCAUCGCUGCCACCGGCGUCCUCGGCUUUUGCUGGGGUGGUAAGGCUGUCGCCUUGGCCGCCAAGGAGUCCUCCAACCCGUUUGCCGUUGCUGCCUCGGUGCACCCCGCCAUGGUCGACGCCGCCGACGCGCCCGGUAUCAAGGUCCCCUUUAUUCUGCUUGCGUCGGGCGACGAGCCCGCCGAGGAUGUCAAGAAGUUUGAGGAUGCCCUUACCGUCCCCAAGCACAUCGAGACGUUUGCCGACCAGAUCCACGGCUGGAUGGCAGCCCGCGCCAACCUCAGCGACGACCGCGUCAAGGCCGAGUACGAGCGUGGCUACAAGACCCUGCUGCAGUUCUUUGGCAAGCACCUGUAG